ACAAAACAGAGGGGCUAGUAUAAUUAAAGAGAAAAUAAAAUAAAAAAAAAAUUCGUUUUUAAGUUUGGAAAGCUAAUGAUUAAAAACCAACAAUAAGCAAAAUGCCAAAUUAAAUGUAAACUUUGGUUCGAUGGUCAAUACUUUUGAGAGAUCAUCCUUUUUUUGUUGAAUUUUGAGAGAGCCAUCCUUAGAUAACUAGUACGGAGCAGAUAGGACUAUUUGGAUACGGCAGGCAAGACGAGCAGAGCAGUUUCUUUCUUGGACGGAAAUUAGAAACUGCCAUUUUGCUCUAUUUUGCACUUUUAAGGAAUUACGUGUCUCUUGUUUGGGAAUCUCAGGCGUCCGGGAAAAGUGGGUGUUGCUGUUGCUGAGAGCAAGUAAGCAACACAGAGAGCAGAGCGGGAGUGAGCGUGGUGUGUGUUUGGGUUAAUGGGCUUGCAAAGUGGUAGUAGCGGAAAAACAUUUUCAUGGGGCUUUCGAAACUUGAUUAGGAAGAAGCAAGUUGAUUCUGUUCGUCUAAGGCCACAUGGUAAUCUUCAAUUGGCUCGGAAGUUAUCUGCUCUUGACCUCGUUGCAAUUGGAGUUGGAGCAACCAUAGGAGCUGGAGUAUACAUUCUUGUUGGAACAGUUGCUAGGGAACAUUCAGGACCUGCUCUUACUAUUUCAUUCCUAAUUGCUGGUAUAGCUGCUGCACUUUCAGCAUUUUGUUAUGCAGAGCUUGCGUGUCGUUGCCCUUCUGCUGGGAGUGCCUAUCACUAUUCAUACAUAUGCAUUGGAGAAGGUGUUGCUUGGUUGGUUGGUUGGGCUCUGAUUUUAGAAUAUACAAUUGGUGGUGCAGCUGUUGCUCGUGGAAUAACCCCAAAUCUGGCCUUGUUUUUCGGAGGUGAGGAUAAGUUUCCGGCUCUGCUUGCCCGCCAUGCCAUUCCUGGACUCGGUAUUGUGGUUGAUCCAUGUGCAGCUGUAUUAGUUCUUAUCGUCACUGUUCUCUUGUGCAUUGGGAUCAAGGAGAGUUCAUUGGCCCAAAUGAUUGUUACUACAGUUAACGUGGGUGCCAUGCUUUUUAUCAUAGUAGCUGGUGGGUAUCUGGGUUUCAAAACUGGAUGGGUUGGAUAUGAACUCCAGAGCGGGUAUUUUCCAUUUGGAAUAAAUGGGAUGUUUGCUGGAUCUUCUAUAGUCUUCUUUUCAUACAUCGGUUUUGAUUCAGUUACAAGCACAGCUGAGGAGGUGAAGCUUCCUCAACGAGACUUGCCUCUUGGUAUAGCAAUGGCACUAUCGAUAUGUUGCAUUUUGUAUAUGCUUGUGUCAAUUGUCAUUCUUGGCUUAGUACCAUAUUAUUCCUUGGAUCCGGACACCCCCAUCUCAUCUACAUUUGCUAGCUAUGGAGUUGAAUGGGCAGUGUAUAUUAUAACAAUUGGAGCAGUUACAGCUCUUUUUGCAAGUUUAUUGGGUUCAAUUCUUCCUCAGCCGCGAAUCCUGAUGGCAAUGGCCAGAGAUGGAUUGUUGCCAUCAUUUUUUUCAGACAUUAGUAAGCACAGCCGAGUUCCCAUGAAGAGCACUGUUACAACUGGUAUCUUUGCAGCAGUUCUGGCAUUAUUUAUGGAUGUUUCACAGUUGGCAGGAAUGGUUAGUGUGGGUACAUUGCUUGCAUUUACUACAGUUGCAGUUUCAGUGUUGAUACUCAGAUAUGUUCCACCAAAUGAGGUGCCACUUCCAUUAUCACUUCAAGAGUCUAUUGAGUCAGUGUCAUCGCAAUAUGGUGGUUACAUUGAGGAAAGUGACACCAAACUCCUCCAAGAUCCUUCUGUCUCCUGUGAGAACUAUAGUCAAUGUGCAAAUGAAAAGACUGAAGCAUUGCUUGAUUGUCCUUUGAUCAAGAAAGACAUAACACAAGAGGAAAAGGGUGAACAAAGAAGGCGGAAAAUGGCUGGUUGGACCAUAGCCAUUCUUUGUAUAGGGAUUCUUAUCUUGGCAUCUGCAGCUUCAGGAGAAAGCCUAUCCAGAAUUCUUCGCAUCAUAUUUUGUGGGGUUGGUGGAGCUCUUACGCUGUGCAGUUUGGUUGUGCUUGCCUGUACAGAUCAAGAUGACGCGAGACAUAGCUUUGGACACACGGGAGGUUUUGCUUGCCCAUUUGUUCCCUUUUUACCUGCUGCUUGCAUCCUUAUAAAUACCUACUUAAUAAUUGAUCUUGGAACUGCAACAUGGAUUCGAGUUUCAGUAUGGUUGGUGCUAGGAGCAUUGGUGUAUGUAUUUUAUGGCCAGAGGCACAGCUCCCUGUUAAAUGCGAUUUACGUUCCCUCUGCAUAUGCUAAGGAGAUCUAUCGUUGCACAUCAGAUUUUCAAGCCAUGGACAUGGGGGACCACACAAUUUCCUGAAUAAACAAGAAAGUUUUUCUGAAACAGUAUUUUGUCAAAGUUGCAAGAUGCAACUGGUAUAUGCUUUGAUUGUAUAGGAAAUUGAUAGAUUAAAUUAAAAAUAUAUAUAAUUUUAUUCUA